CCGGGAGAGCCGGCGAGCAUUAAUAAAUCUCUAAGCCGAGGAGGGAACUCUAGCUGGGGCAGUGCGCGCAGCUCCGGCAGGCUGUUGCGUGGAACGGCGGCGCCCGAGCCGGUGGCGGCAGGAGCAGCCCAGCUAGCAAAACACACUAGAGGCAACCAACCGAGGGGAGCCCUCUCUCCCGUAAACACACUCCCCUCCUCGGAAGGCUCGGACUGCUAUGUAACGUCGAGGCUGCGGGAGGAGGAAGGAAGGCGUGUGGGGAGAAGAGGAGGCUGGGGCCAAGUUUGUGGCCACUUCGACAGGCGCCCUCUUAGACCCUCGCCUGCUCCUUCUUGUAGCCUCGUUGGCCUGGGUGCCCUUGGCUUUCCUUCUCCAGCUCCCCAGCUGCUGCUGUUCCCGGCGACAUGGUGACGAUGGAGGAACUGCGGGAGAUGGACUGCAGCGUGCUCAAAAGGCUCAUGAACCGAGAUGAGAACGGCGGCGGCGGCGCGGGCGGCAGCGGCAGCCACGGCGCCCUGGGGCUGCUGAGCAGCGGCAAGUGCCUGCUGCUGGACUGCAGACCGUUUCUGGCUCACAGCGCGGGCUACAUCCGAGGCUCGGUUAACGUGCGCUGCAAUACCAUCGUGAGGCGGAGGGCCAAGGGCUCCGUGAGCCUGGAGCAGAUUCUGCCCGCCGAGGAAGAAGUGCGCGCCCGCCUGCGCUCUGGCCUCUACUCGGCCGUCAUCGUCUACGACGAGCGCAGCCCGCGCGCCGAGAGCCUUCGCGAGGACAGCACCGUGUCGCUGGUCGUGCAGGCGCUGCGCCGUAACGCGGAGCGCACAGACAUCUGUCUGCUUAAAGGUGGCUACGAGAGGUUUUCUUCUGAGUACCCAGAAUUCUGCUCCAAAACCAAGACCCUGGCAGCCAUCCCACCACCUGUGCCCCCUAGUGCCACUGAGUCCUUGGACCUGGGCUGCAGCUCCUGUGGGACCCCACUACACGACCAGGGGGGUCCUGUGGAGAUCCUCCCUUUCCUCUACCUCGGCAGUGCCUACCAUGCUGCCCGCAGAGACAUGCUCGACGCCCUGGGGAUCACAGCCCUGCUCAAUGUCUCCUCGGACUGUCCCAACCACUUCGAAGGACAUUUCCAGUACAAGUGCAUCCCUGUAGAAGAUAACCACAAGGCUGAUAUCAGCUCCUGGUUCAUGGAAGCCAUCGAGUACAUCGAUGCCGUGAAGGACUGCCGAGGGCGAGUGCUGGUUCACUGCCAGGCGGGCAUCUCCAGGUCAGCCACCAUCUGCCUGGCCUACCUGAUGAUGAAGAAACGGGUGAGGCUGGAGGAAGCUUUCGAGUUCGUCAAGCAGCGCCGGAGCAUCAUCUCGCCCAACUUCAGCUUCAUGGGGCAGCUGCUGCAGUUCGAAUCUCAGGUGCUCACCACGUCGUCGUCGUGUGCGGCGGAGGCGGCUAGCCCUUCGGGGCCCCUGCGGGAGAGGGGCAAGGCCACCCCCACCCCCACGUCGCAGUUCGUCUUCAGCUUCCCAGUGUCUGUGGGUGUGCACUCGGCCUCCACUAGCCUGCCGUACUUGCACAGCCCCAUCACCACGUCCCCCAGCUGUUAGGGCCAGUCUCGGGAACACUAAGUCGUCCAGGGUUGCCCCCUGCCCCCCCAGCCAGGGUUGUACAAGCCACACACCGUGGGCAGCAAGUAGGGACUGACCAGUGGGGGACCAGUCGGGGGUCCAAGUGACCACGCUCCGUCCUCAUCCAUUUCUCCUUGGCUAACUAACCACAGGGCCAGCUAGAAUGGCAAUAACGACUUCAACUACACCUUAAAAGCAAACAAACACAAACACUCCAACCUAGAGCAAUAACGGCAGCGUCCGCGGCCAGGGAAGACUUGGUUUAUGUGUCGGUUUUACUUUGCAGGUAGAUAUUUACCUCAUUUUUUUUUUUUUUAAAACAGUAAGGCUUGAAGUUAUGAAGCCCACAGAUCCUGGCAAAAUGUGCUCAACCAAUUUUAUUAAGUGGAGAGGGAAAGAGGAGGAAACAAGUUUUGCCGGAAGUGCCUGGCUGUGCGCUUGUUCUAAUAUUGUGUUCAUAGGAAUUUUGUGCUAGAUACAUCUAGGCCACAGUAUUCACUUCUGAUUAGUUGUCCCCCCUGAAUAUUUAUGCUGAAUGAGAACUUCUUUUAAGAUGUGUGAGCAGGAGCCUGGUGAUGUGGAUUUGUAAUGUAUUUCUGUUGAGGUCACACAGUAGAGCACAGAAAUGCACAGGCGUGGCUAGCAAGGAGGGAGUGAGUGGUGUCUGGGUUUCAGCAUGGUCGCCAUCCUGCAUUAUUGCCACCAAGAAGCAAGCAGGGUGAUCUGCAAGGAAAAGGGUCUGUGGUUGGUCACUUUGACAGCUGCUUCCUGGGCACACUGACCCAGGCACGCAAGCUCUUCUCUCCAGUGACCCAUUUGGUGGUGGCUAGAGCGUUUUCUUCCAAUUUGCCUAGGAUUUGGAUAUUGUCUGUGACAAAUGCCAUAUUUUAAGAGGUGCUCCUGGAAAACUGGGUGCAAUUCAGAUUUUCCUACAGUGAGUCAUUUGGCGAGGCCCCCAUCAAAGCCAGCUCACUUAAGAUGAACUAAAAAAAUGAAUUUGUAAAGUUGAAGUGUGCCAUCCUCUCUCUCUUGGAUAAAUUGGAGUUUUCAGUUUUAGGCAUUUACUUGAAAUAUGUCAAGAAGUUCUUGUUAUUAAAUCCCUGUUUGACAAGUGAAUACUUACUUUCAAAAGCCCUCUUGAAUAAAAAGGUACAUGUUGGCCAUGA